AUGUUUGACAACACGCAGUACCCCUAUAACUGCUUUAAUUACGAUGGAGAUGAUUAUCCUACCUGUAGUUCUGACGAAGAGAAAAAAUUCACCAGACCGGCGUACAGCUACAUUGCCUUAAUUGCAAUGGCCAUCCAGCAAAGUCCUUCCAAUAAAGUCACCCUCUCUGGCAUUUAUGACUUUAUAAUGAAGAAAUUUCCUUACUACAGAUCAAAUCAAAGAGCCUGGCAGAACUCCAUCCGGCAUAACUUAUCGCUUAACAGUUGUUUUGUGAAGGUUCCCAGAACAGAAGGGAAUGAGAAGGGGAAAGGAAACUAUUGGAGCUUUGCAACGGGAUGCGAAUCCAUGCUGGAUCUCUUUGAAAACGGGAAUUACAGGCGAAGACGGAGGAGGAGGAACGUGAAAAGGGAACAUAAGGAGCAGAGACCAAGCAGAGGGAAAAGUCCUUCAUCCCCCGAUACACCUUCAGUGGACUCUGCUUUAAACAGCAUUUCCUCUUCUGAAAGUAAACCCGAUUCCGAAAUUAAAUUCAGCAUCGACUACAUCCUCUCAGCCCCCGACCCUUUGCCUGUCCUGAGGUCUCAAUACAAUAUGCAAGAAAAUAAGCAUCAUCUACUGGAGGCCCAGCAAAUUAAUCUCCAGUUCUGGACAAUGUGA